GGGUUGGAGAGAGAGAGAGAGAGAGAGAGAGAGAUGGGGGAGUCGCAGUGCAGAGGAAUAGCAGCUGCAGCAGCAGCAUUAUUGAUGGUUGUUUGGGUUGGGGUGAGUGAUGGUCAACUGGCUUAUGAUUACUACAAGACAACAUGUCCAGAUGCUGAAGACAUUGUCAGGAGGGAGGUGCUGAGCUUUGCUCUCUCGGAUGCAACUGCACCUGCUGCCUUCCUCAGGCUCAUGUUUCAUGACUGCCAAGUACAGGGAUGCGACGCUUCGAUACUUCUCGACCCGGUCGGCGUGAAGUCAGAGAUGAGAUCGUCAAGGAACUUCGGCAUCAGGAAGCUCGAAGAGAUCGAGCAUGUCAAGGCGGCGUUGGAAGCUGAAUGCCCUGGUCAGGUAUCUUGUGCAGACAUAGUUGCAUUAGCUGCAAGAGAAUCGGUGGCUCUGAGUGGAGGACCGCACAUUGCCAUUCCACUUGGGAGGAAAGACUCGAGAGCUAGCAAUUACCAGCAAGCCGAUGCUCAUCUCCCUUCUCCAAGUAUUUCUGUCGAUGCAUUCCUUCAGACCUUCAUGGCGAAAGGGUUGAAUCUCGAGGAAUCGGUCGCUAUCUUGGGUGCGCAUACUCUAGGCGAGGGACACUGCCUGAACAUCGUCGACAGAUUGUACAACCCGAAAGCCGACGAUCAAAUGAACUCGGUGUUCGAAGCUCGGCUCAGACUGCAAUGCCCAACUCCAGCUCCCCUGACAAAUCUCACAACCGUAUCCAAUGACAUAACCCCGACAAUAUUCGACAACCAGUACUACAGGGACAUUUUGUUGGGCAAGGGCUUGUUUCUCAUCGACUCGGGCAUCUCGAGAGAUCCUCGCACUUCCGAUCUGGUUAAGCAAUUCGCCAUCGACUGGGACUACUUCUUCCGCGCAUUUUCCUCAGCGUUCGUCAAGCUCUCCUCGACCAACAUUCUCAGCAAGGCGAGGGGCGAAGUGCGGAAACAAUGCGGUCGGGUGAACUAAGUGCACACAGAAUUUAAGCAUUCCCAUUUCUUAUCACGGCGAAUGAAGUAUAUUCAUCACAGAUUUACUGUAUGUGUGAAUCCUUAGAAAAUACUGGUGGUGUGAUGGAAUGAAGUCAAGAGGCUAUAUAAAUGAACUCACAUGCGAUUGUUCCUCAACAA